UUGUUCGAGUAAAUCCCUUGGGGUUUAAAUUGGCCCAGCCCCGGGAAAAAAAACGUUAUUAUUUGUAUUAUUAUUUAUGUUGUAGAAUACAAAGAGACUCAAGGUAGAAGAUUCUCCUCUACAAAAACAGUUAGAAUAUGAAAAGGCUAAAUCAGGUUGUCGUACUCAAUUGAUAGAACAUUAUCGCAGUGAUGUACUUAAAGUAUCAGCAAUACCUUUACAACCAGAUGAAGAAAAUUAUAACUUCAGUGACAUUUAUAUAAGACCCACUAUAACAAGCAAGAUGAAAAAGAGCAAAAGGGAGUCUGAGGAAAAAGAAAUAAGGUCAAUGUCAGAGAUUUUCACAAAGAACGGGGAUCCACAGAAAUUUAUUUAUGUUGUUGGAGAUGCAGGGUCUGGUAAGAGUAGUUUCUGUAAAUAUUUGAUCAACUGUUGGUGUGUGGCACACAGUGAUGGACACAAUGAAGAUAAUGAUUUUGAAGGAGUCAAGGAAAUGAAAACAUUUGAUUUCAUGUUUUAUAUUUCUCUUAGACAUAACGUAAAAAUACGAAGUGUCCAAGAAAUGCUUGAACAGCGAUAUGAUAAGAUAGAAAUUUUAUGCAAACUUCUAGAAAAUGAUUCUGAAAAGAUAAUUAUUUUGCUUGAUGGUUUAGAUGAAUGGUCUUUUGACAGCGAAACUAGGAAUGAGUUCCAGGCAGGCCUUCCUGAACGUGACUUUACAAAGAAAUACACAAUUGUAACUACAUCACGGCCAUGGAAAAUCCACAGUUUGAGAGUAAGUAAUAGAGAAAUUCAUCAAUUAUUGAAAUUAAAAGGGUUUGAUGAAAAACAUGAAAAAGAAAUGGUAAAAAAAACAAUAAUAGCAUUGAAUGAAUCAUUAGAUCCUAGUGAGUGUGAACGAAAGCUUAAAGAACCGUCUCUGAUUGGCCUGAAACAGGUACCAAUUAUGCUGCAGCAAUUGAUUUGUUUAUGGUGUGAUGGUAAACUUGAUAACACCUCGAGGUGUGCUAUUUAUACUGGUAUGUUAGAACUUUAUUUCACCUGGAAUAUCAAUAAAACUUUAGGAAAUAAUACAGAAUGUAUGGAAAGUUCUCAGAAUGUUGAACUCCCUCAGUAUUUAACAGAUAUAGAGAUAUGUAGAUUAAAUAGUCAUCUUAUAUAUAGUGUGUCGCACUUGGCUUAUGAGACAUUGUUCAAUUAUCCGAAGAAUAAGUCCUUAACAUUUGAUAAAUCUGUAUUUGAUGAUUUGAAAAUAUCGAAUGAAGUGCGAGAAACAUGUCUGAAACUGGGAAUUUUGACAGAAGAUAAAUGUCCUUCUUUUUCUGUAAGUAAACCUAAAAGCUCAUUCUUCUCUUUUAUUCACAAAUCAAUGCAAGAAUUUCUGGCUGCCGUAAAUAUUGGUAUCAAAUUCAAUCCAAAACAUUGUUCGUCAGAUAGUGCAGGAAAUGUUGAAUCAGCCAAGAGGUUCAUUUGUAAGGUUUUUCGGAAAUGUUCAACAGUAAAUGACAUAUUAGAGCAGUCAAAUGUUGUCAUUAUGCUAUGUGGUCUAGAACCUAGAUUAGCAACGCAUGUUUCAAAAUACAUAUAUGAUACUGUGUCAGAAGACUCUGGUGUUCAGGAAUUCAGGAAAACAAUAAGUAGGAACAUAUGUGUGGAUCUUAAUUGUAUUACUGAUAUUCAAAAGGUAAUUUUCGAGUCAGUUGCGGAAUUAAAUGCAACAUGUAUUGUAGGAAGUAGUCCUGUUUUUUAUAUAGGAGAUUUAGUCAUCAAUGAUAGGGAGAAUCUUGAUAUUGUUUGUUCAAGUAUUGAUCAGAAACGAAUUGAUCCUGACUCUGUUCUGUCUAUUAGAAUAUAUGACAUCAGCACAAGAAAUGUUAAAUUUACAAAAUAUUUACCAUUGUUUCAUCAUUUUGAGAAAAUUGCAAUAGCAUGUGACCUUUUAUCACAAAGGUUAUCAAGUACACAAAGUCAAAGUACACAGAGUAAUGAACAUAUGAUUAAUGAGAUAAACAAUUCUGUUUCUGAGACAAUUAAACUAAAUACUUUAACAUUAAAAUCUCUGUCAUUUAGUAGUGUCUAUUACACAGACAAGUGUAACCCAAUGUAUAAAACAGUUGUAAGUAACCUACCUAGUAUGAUAAAUCUUGUAGCAAUAAGAAUGAGUCGUAUAACAAUGAGUCAUGAUGAUACUAAUACAUUCUGUAAUUUUCUUGAGAGAGCCUGUCAUCUUGAACAAGUACAUCUUGAGUAUGUUAAAUGUGUGUGUAUGAAGCAGCAUGAUAUAAAUUUAUCAAAACAUCAACAACUUCAGAACCUUGAUAUGAAUUAUGCUGUUGGUUUGUUAGAUGCUGAUACUACAAACCUUGAAAUAUUUAAAUAUAAUAAAUUGACAGAUAGUAGUUCUGAGAAAAUAUUUCAUAUUAUAAGGAAAUCUAACAAAUUAAAAGAACUUGAAUUGUUUGGGGAUAUUUUCAGUAAAUCUCAAUUAUAUCAUACCAACAUAACAGAUAGACUUGUCAGAGUAUUACCAUUGUUACACAAUCUCAGUAAGCUUGAGUUACGGUUUUGUAGGUUACAUGACAAUAUUUUACAGUCACCGUUAGAGAUGAAGAGAUUAAAGAACAUUAAGCUUAAUGAUGUCAUAAUGAGUUUGACAACAUGGCAGAAGUUUGUUGACAGUCUUCCUGCUAUUCUUCAUACUGUAAAUGUGAUUGUAAUGGACUGUUAUAUAACAGGAGAUGGUGAGGAGUGUAAUGUUGAUAUGUUAACAUUGACAUCACGAGGAAGAAGGAAGGAAAAUGAUGCUAUUAGUAAACAGUAUGUAAAAGAUAAGGAUCAAUUAUUUCAUGUCAAAAGUGAUGAUCACUUUUGGUUUGUAUUUACAACAAGAGGGCCAUGAUGAUCCUUAGUCGCUCCCCCAACCCAUCAACUGCAUCCAAGAAAUGUCUUAGACAAGAAUCCUGGCCAAGUUUGAUGACAAUUGAGUCAAAAAUGUGAAAUCUAGUAUGUUAAAUUUUGACUGGAUAUGACCCAUUGCAAAGCUUGACCUAGAAUACAUCAAAACAACCUUCUUGACAAAUUUCCAGAAUAUUUGGAUCAAAACUGCAGCCACUACAGUGUUAACAAGAUUUUUUUAUUACUAGCUCUUGUUACCUUGUUUUUGACCUGAGAUGACCAUCUUCGAACUUGACCUAGAAAUCAUCAGAACAACCUUCCUGACAAAUUUCCGGAAUAUUUUGAUCAAAACUGCAGCCACUAGAGUGUUGACAAGAUUUUUCUAUUUUUAGCUCCUGUGACGUAUUUUAUGACCGGCGAUGACCCAUCUUCAAAUUUGACCUAGAAGUCAUCAAAACAACCUUCCUGACAAAUUUCCAGAAUAUUUGGAUCAAAACUGCAGCCUCUAGAGUGUUAACAAGAUUUCUUUUUUACCUCCUGUGACCUAGUUUAUGACUAGAGAUGACCUAUAGUCGAAAUUGACCUAGAAAUAAUCAAAACAAUCUUCUUCACAAAAUUCCGGAAUAUUUGGACCAAACGUCAGCCACUAGAGUGUUAACAAGCUUUUUCUUUAUUCUAUUUUUAUCUCCUGUGACCUAGUGUUUGACAGAAGAUGACCUAUAUUCGAACUUCACCUAGAAAUCAUCAAAACAACCUUUCUGACCGAUUUCCUGGAGAUUUGGAUCAAAACGUCAGCCACUAGAGUGUUAACAAGCUUUUUCUUUUUUUAGCUCCUGUGACCUAGUUUUUUACCGGAGAUGACCAAUCUUCGAACUUGACCUAGCAAUCAUAAACAAACAACCUUCUUGGCAAAUUUCCAGAAUAUUUGAAUCAAACUGCAGCCACUAGAGUGUUAACAAGAUUAUUCUAUUUUAUGCUCCUGUGACAUAUUUUUUGACCGGAGAUAACCCAUCUUCGAACUUGACCUAGCAAUAAUAAAAAAAACAACCUUCUUGGCAAAUUUCCAGAAUAUUUGAAUCAAACUCAGCCACUAGAGUGUUAACAAGAUUUUUCUAUUUUUAGCUCUUGUGACCUAUUUUUUGACCGGAGAUAAUCCUUCUUCUAACUUGAUCUAGAAAUCAUCAAACAACCUUCCUGACAAAUUUCCAGAAUAUUUGGAUCAAAACUGCAGCCACUAGAGUGCUAACAAGAUUUUUCUAUUUUUAGCUCAUGUGACCUAGUUUUUGACCAAAUAUCACCCAUCUUCGAACUUGACCUAAAAAUCAUCAAAACAACCUUGCUGACAAAUUUCCAUAAUAUUUUGAUCAAAACUGCAGCCACUAGAGUGUUAACAAGCUUUUUCUAUUUUUAGCUCAUGUGACCUAGUUUUUGACUCGAUUAACCCAUCUACGAACUCGAUCUGUAUGUCAUUUAGACAAACAUUCUGACAAAGUUUUAUGACGAUCAAAUCAAAACUGUGACUGUCAGACUGUUAACUAACCAAUUGUUGACGACGACGGACGCCGGACAUAGCCCCUUAACUGUACUUCACCUUGACCACUUAGUGGUCAGGUGAGCUUACAAAAAAUUGAUAAAGGAUACAUGUAGUUAACAUUUUGUUCAAACUAAAUUAUCUCUUGCUAGAAGAGAUGAUAAAUAAAUAUAUAAAUGGAUACAUGAAAACAAAAAUAAGAGAUAAAUAGAAUGAUCUAUACAUGCAUAUAUCAGAAUGGUAUACAUAAAUACCAGUUAUAUGAUAUAUAAGACAAGGGAAUGGUAUACAUAAUACCAGUUAUAUGAUAUAUAAGACAAGGGAAUGGUAUAUAUAAAUACCUCUU